AUGGCGCAGUGCUUCCCCGGGCUUUGGUGCCUGGGCUUGGACGAGGGCGCUGGCUUGGUGAUCUCCAGGUGCCUGGAGGUCACCGGCUGGUCACCGGUCUUGGUCAUGCGCUCCGAACGCGGCGGCGCGCCGAGCGCCGUCGGCGCGGCGCUGCUGCAGCCCGACUUCCGUGGGGACCUUCAGGACGUGGAGCACCGGAUGCAGGAUCUUCACAGCAUCAACUGGCGACCUGAAGAGGUAACGCUGCCAGGAGCCGAGAUUUGGAAAGUGGGGUGGACGGCGCCGGCGUCCGCUUUGCCCUCAGCACUGGCGGAUGGGCCCAUCGAUACGGUGGAGACGAAUGCCACCUUCCGCCCGGCCGAAGGCCACCAUUUUCUCUGCUGGCAGCUGCCAGAGGAGGAGUCUCAGAUGUUGUGCUUCAGCAGCCACUGCCACCUCAGCAUCACUUUCGACUUGGAGGACCUGCCGCUGCUCUGCUGCCUCGCCUUAGUGCACCGCACCGACUUGGGAGGAAGCUCGGUAGAGAUCAAGAUCAACGAUUACCUCGUUGCAGGCGGCUACGACGUGUCGGAGCGCAAGGCGAGCUUCGGACGCUUCGUCGCCAGCUGCUUCCAGGUGCCGAUGGGCACGCUGCGCCUGGGGCGGAACUCCUUGUCCGUGGCCGGCAAGGCCGGGUAUUGCCUUCUUUCAGCGACUCUCUGUGACUUGGGCUGCGAGCUGCAGGCGGAGAGGAGGCGCUGCGACUCCUCCAUGUCCACGCCCCGCCGGGGCUACCUUCCUCGAGGUCCGGGCAGCGACGGGGACUCGGAGGAGGAGCACUCGGUGACGCUCAACAUCUAUGACCUGGGCAAGAGCAACACUGUACAAGGCCUCAACGGCCUGCUGCGCCCGGUGGGCAUCGGAGCCUUCCACUGCGCGGUCCAGGUCUUCGGUGUGGAAUGGAGCUACGGGGGCAAAAACGAGAUGUUGGAUCCCAAGGCCACCGGCGUGUGGGGCUGCAUGCCCCGCAUGGCGGACCACACCUUCCGUGAGGCCGUGCGCAUGGGCAGCAUCAGCCUGUCGGAGGAUGAGACCAUCGAGCUCAUCUACAGCUUGAUGCAGGAGUGGCCCGUGUCGGACUACGAUCUCCUGAACAAGAACUGUUGCCACUUCUGCGAGGAGCUCUCCUUAGUGCUGGGCCUGGGGCCGCUACCCAGCCGCGUGAAGAAGCUGGCGGGCCUGGGCGCCACUUUGAACGAAUCCGCCAGCCUGGCGGCCGACCAGGUGCUCCAGGUGGCGUCGAAAGUGAAGUCGGACAUCGUAGGGGUGGGCGCGGUUUUUUCCACCGGCCUCGCGGCGGCUGUCAGCGUGCUGGACGCUUCCAAGUUCCAACGCGAGGAAAAAGCUUAG